AUGCGUCGUUCUAAUAUGCGAACACUGGCACAUACACACCCUACUCUGGUGCCCCUCAAGGCACCCAACAUGGUUUCCACCCACAAGACCAUACAGCCACCUGAGCUAGACGAGUACCAGCGACUAGAUGCAAUUCUCUCCUUAUUAUAUCCCUCCACGGUGAAUUUGCAACGUUCACAAGUUAUUUUUGGUCACAUUCAUUCGCUACGUCUCCUCACACUUUCCAACGGAGCUCGGUUGCUCUUGAAAACGUCUCCUGUCGCCGGCACACCCCUUCUUCGGCACGAACGAUUUUUCCUCGAAACUGAAGCUCGCUUUCUCGCCCUGUUAGGCCAGAGCGCAAAUCCUUGCGUUCCUCAACUUUAUCACUAUGACCCUGAGGGAAGUUUACUCGGUUCUGCCUACUUGGUACGGCAAUAUGUGAAGGGGACAAGUUUAUUGGAAUUGCAAAGUCGAAUCACUCCUGAGCAACGAAAUGAUGUCGACCGCCAUCUGGGCUUCUUGGCUAGCACUAUUGCCCAGAAUGUCGCUCCGGCAUUUGGUUCCCUUCAGCAGGUUGCUGUCAGGGCUGGGAAGCGCUCCUGGCGAGACGCGUUCUGUGCCUUGUUUGAAAGUGUGCUCCGCGACGCCGAGGAUAUGUUUAUCAAUCUGCCGUACGCUGAAAUUCGAGACGAAAUGAGCCGUUUGGAGUCGGCGUUGGAAGAAGUGAUGUUUCCACGUCUGGUGGUCGUUGGAUUUGGCCGGCCCUCCCAUGUGCUCCUUGAUGAGAGGUCAAAACAGUUGUCGGGGGUGGUCGACUUCAGCAGUGCACUUUGGGGUGAUAUCCUGAUGGCGGAGAUCUUUGAGAGCCCCGCGCCCGCUGUGCUUGAAGGCGCCGGCAUGCCUUUGGGUCGGACGAAAGGGGAAGAUAUUCGGUUGCUGAUGUACUCUGCCUACCGAUUGGUUUCCCAGAUCACAGUGCAAUACUAUCGGAAUCUAGACGAGCCAAAAGAGUUUGAUGCACGACGACGCUUGACAGCCACGAUUGCCAAAAUGGGAGCCAUGGACCCGGUAUAG